AUGUCAGUACAAGAGAUCACGAUUCCGGCGCCGGCCGAUUUUCACGUGCAUCUGCGACAAGGAAAGAUGUCGGAGCUCGUCACCCCGCACGUCGCCGAGGGAGGCGUCUCGCUUGCAUAUGUUAUGCCCAACCUUGUACCUCCGAUCACAUCGACACAGCAAGCGAUGGAAUACCUCGAGCGCUUGCGAGCGCUUGCUCCUCAGACCAUGUUCGUCGGCACGCUGUAUCUAUCGCCUGACUUGACGCCGGCGGAAAUCGCCAAGGCGGCUCAGAAUGGUGUCCGAGGUGUCAAGAGCUAUCCUCGUGGAGUCACUACGAACUCGGACAGCGGCAUCGAGGAUUACGAGACCUACUAUCCCAUCUUUGAAGAGAUGCAGAAACACGAUAUGGUCCUCAACUUGCACGGCGAGCUUCCUUCGAAUGCAGACGCGGGCAUCUGCGUGUUGAAUGCCGAGGAAAAGUUUUUGACGCACCUGUUCAAGAUCCACGGUGAAUUUCCCAAGCUCAAGAUCGUGCUGGAGCAUGCGACCACCAGGAAGGCGGUCGAAGCCGUCAAGCAGUGUGGCGACACAGUGGGCUGUACCAUCACACCGCAUCACCUCGAGCUCAUCGUGGAUGACUGGGCGGGCAAGCCACUCAACUUUUGCAAGCCAGUCGCCAAAUAUCCCGAUGACCGACAGGCGUUGCGCGACGUCAUUCGCCAAGGUCAUCCUCGCUUCUUCCUCGGCUCAGAUUCGGCGCCGCACCCGUUGGCUAACAAGUAUCCUUCCGCAGUCACACAUGGCGCUCCUGGAACCAAAGCUUCUGCAUCUGGCAGCGAUCACCUCGAAGCUACUGGUGUCGUCUCGUGUGGUUGCGCAGCGGGCGUCUACACCUCGUCGAUCCUUGUGCCUCUUUGCGCGACGCUGCUCGAAGCGUUUGGCGCGUUGGAUCAACUUGCCAACUACGUCAGCAUCAACGGGCGCAACUUCUAUGGCUACAACGAUGAUCAGCAUGCCAAACACGGCAGCAUAAAGCUUCGCAAGGUGCGCAGCCGAUCAUCGAUUUCGCCAGCAGCUGCAACCGUUCCUGCAGUCUAUGUCCAUCCCGAGUUCCGAGAGGUGCCAGAUUCAGAUGCAUCCAAGGUGCAAGUAGUGCCUUUCUGGGCGGGCAAGUGUCUCGGCUGGGAGAUCGUCCGUUCGUGA